AGAUCGUCCACCUCUGUUUCUCUUAAGGUUCGCGAGGUUCUCAUUCUCGGGCAGAUGACGUCGUACGAAGAGCGUCUAAUUCAAAUGGAGGCCAUCUUGAAAGUGUCGGUCUCUUCGAGCGUUUACGGCGAAUCUGACACUACGAACAGGCAAAAUAAUAAAUUUAAUGUUGCGACUCUCGCUAACAACAUAUUUAGGGCUCCAUCUUCUGAAAUUUUGAGAGAGUUGAGCGACUCGCAUUAUACCGUAUAUGAUGUCCUUCUGUGA